AUGUGUAAUAACAGAAUUGAAUGCUUGAACAAAACUGAUAAUCCUGUUGAUAAUCAGCAAGCUCUUUACUUUAUGGAUACGCCAAUGUCUACCACUAAUUCCACAGCUGGUUCCAACCCUGGUUCGAAUGAUGAUACCCCACGUGUUAAAUUAUUGUGUAGUUUCUUAGGUAGCAUAAUGCCUCGACCCCAAGAUGGGAAAUUGCGGUAUGUGGGUGGAGAGACGCGGAUUGUGAGUUUGCCUAGGGAUAUCAGUUAUGAGGAGUUGAUGAGUAAAAUGAGAGAGCUUUAUGAUGGGGCAACGGUGUUGAAGUAUCAACAGCCUGAUGAGGAUCUUGAUGCAUUAGUGUCGGUUGUGAAUGAUGAUGAUGUGAUUAACAUGAUGGAGGAAUAUGAGAAAUUGAGUUCUGGGGAUGGUUUCACAAGGCUUAGGAUUUUUCUGUUUUCGAAUACAGACCAAGAUGGUUCAGUGCACUAUCUUGAUGGGGAUGGAAGGGAGAGUGAAAGGAGGUACGUGGAUGCACUGAAUAAUUUGAAUGAUGGGCCUGAUUUUAGAAGGCAGCAUCCUGAUUCCCCUUUAAUUGGUCCAGUUGAUGAUGUCCAUUUACAAGAACAGUUUUUUAAUGGAAUGAGUCUUGAAGGUGGUCUCUUUAGCCAAAGGAGUGGUGAGAUGCCAAUAUCACAGCACAACUUGCAUCAUGUUGCUAUUGCUCCAAGAUAUAAUGAAAUGGAGGGUCCAUGGAGUCCUGCAUAUUAUUCUCCUAGGCAUCAUGGCCCCCAUGAUCCAAGACCAUUAUCAGAGUUUCCAAAUUCGCCUCCUUCUGCACGGUACCGUAUGCAGUUUGGGGAAUUACCCGAUAAAGGCAUGGAUAGAAUGCCUGAAGAAUAUGCCCGGUCACAGCUAAAUCAGCAUCCCCCUUAUGACCACCAGCCACAGUAUUGCGAAAAUGUAGUAUGGAUGCCUGCUGGAGCAGGGGCUUUCCCAAGAAAUCAACUGCAUUUGGAGCAACCCAGCAUGGGAAAUGGACUUCCUCAGGUUGCUAAUCCAGUUGCUGAUGGUCCCCCGAACAAGGAGACUUUCAUGCUAAGUGCAGAUGCGAAGGUGCACCACCCAGUGUAUCCCAGAGAGCAGAACGAUCCCCGAGCUGUGUACAAUGAGACUCAAGGCCACGAAAGAGGAUGGAUUGUGCAGCAUCAGUUGAGUCCCCGUGCUGAUGAAGCCCGAACACAUAUCUCUGGAGCCGCAAGAUUCAAUGAUCACUACAUUGUAGAUGGUCCUGGCAUGAAUUAUGCCCUUGGGCAUGGUAAUUUGGUGGAUGGCCAUCAUAUGUGCACACAUCAUCGGCCUGGACCUGAAUUGGGUAAUGAUGUGUUUCAUGAGCAAGCUGUGGCUGCUGUACACAACCUACACGUUUCACCUCCUGAAGAACGUGCAGUACGAUAUGGGAAUUUUCCUUAUGCAUAUGGGCCAGAGAAUCUUCAUCCAUUACCACAUGGACAUGCACAUCCACAGACUUUAUGGAGAAAUGCUCAAAAUCCAGUGCAUGGCACUCCUUAUGAAGCAUCCAGUGCAGCUCCACAGGUGAAUGGUACUGUUAAUUCAUCAUUUCUUAGGGGUACUGCAGACAGUAGUCAAAGGAGUGGCAUUGGCGCAGACAGUCAGCAACCUUGGGUUGAGUCCUCACAGAAAAUGCUGGUUGUUGAUGGGACAACUCCCUUGGAAUAUUCUUAUGGUCACACGUUGAAGUUGAAUCCAAAUACUUAUGGAAUAGAAAAUAAGCAGUCUUUUGCUCCAGAACCCGUUCGACCACCACUUCUGCAUGAAAUGCUGAACUUAUCUGCAAAUACAACUACUUCUGGUUACAAUCCAGAAUUAAGUAAUAACAAUGUUAGUGAAGCAUCAAAAGUGGAGGGAAAAGUCGUCCUUGGCAUAGAAAACCAAGCAAAUUGUGUAGGGAAGGUGGAAAACUUGGAUGUGCUAAACGCAUCUUGCCUGGAGCAGGACCUGAUUGCUGAUAUGCAUGGCCAGGCAGCAUUUCCUGUGUCUGUCAAUUCCAAUUUCUUGAGGUUAGCUGAAGAAAGUGGUAACACAGUGAAAGCUGGAGAAAAAGAUCCUGCUGCUGUUCUUGGAGAUUCAAACCUGUCAGUUAGCCGUAUGAGUUUCUUACCUGAUUUAAUUGCUUCUGUAAAGAAGGCAGCAUUGGAAGAGGCUGAAGAAGUGAAAGCUAGAGUCGAAGAAAAUGCUGAUCCUGUGAAGAAUGAUUCAAUAUCAGGAGAAAUAGAUGAAAAGGAGCCUGAAGCUGUGAACACUCAUGAAGAAGCAGAGCUGAGCUCUGACAAUGACAACAUAAACAACAAUAAAAUUGAGUCUACAAAAGCUGAGGCUGAAGCUAUAGAAAGGGGACUGCAGACAAUAAUAAAUGAUGAUUUGGAGGAGAUUCGUGAAUUAGGCUCUGGAACAUAUGGAGCUGUAUUUCAUGGGAAAUGGAAGGGUUCUGAUGUGGCUAUAAAGAGAAUAAAGGCCAGCUGCUUUGCUGGGAGACCUUCUGAAAGAGAGCGUUUGAUUGCGGAUUUCUGGAAGGAGGCUUUGAUAUUGAGUUCAUUACACCAUCCUAAUGUUGUUUCUUUCUAUGGCAUUGUUCGUGAUGGCCCUGAUGGAUCUUUAGCAACUGUUACUGAGUUUAUGGUUAAUGGAUCUCUGAAACAGUUUUUGCAGAAGAAGGACAGAACCAUUGAUCGUCGCAAGAGACUCAUCAUAGCUAUGGAUGCUGCUUUUGGGAUGGAGUAUUUACAUGGGAAGAACAUUGUUCAUUUUGAUUUGAAAUGUGAGAACCUGCUAGUAAAUAUGAGAGAUCCGCAACGACCAGUUUGCAAGAUUGGUGAUCUGGGCUUGUCAAAGGUGAAACAACACACAUUAGUUUCAGGUGGUGUUCGUGGAACUUUGCCCUGGAUGGCACCUGAGCUUUUGAGUGGCAAAAACCACAUGGUAACAGAGAAGAUUGAUGUAUACUCAUUUGGGAUUGUUAUGUGGGAAUUGCUCACGGGAGAAGAACCUUAUGCUGACAUGCACUGUGCCUCCAUAAUUGGAGGAAUUGUGAACAACACAUUACGUCCUCAAAUUCCCACAUGGUGUGAUCCUGAGUGGAAGUCUUUGAUGGAAAGUUGUUGGGCCUCAGAUCCAACAGAGAGACCCUCAUUCUCAGACAUUUCUUUGAAACUGAGGAACAUGGCUGCUGCAAUCAAUGUGAAAUAA